AUUGUGCUACUAAAGAUAGUUUUAUAUUCUCUUUUAAGAAUGGUAAUGAUAUUAAUGAUCAUAUUUUAAGUCGUGUUACAAAUGAGAAUUAUGCUAUAUUUAACGACCAUAUUUAUGGUCCAUCAUUUGGUUGCGCUGAUCUUAUUUUACGGGGGAAUAGAGGACAUUGUAUAAAAGUUAGUUAUGAUGGAAAACAAAUCAGAGGACCUUCUUCAGAAUCUGUCUUACAUUAUGGUAUAAGGUGUGACUGCUGUAAUCAUACAGUCCGUGGAAUGAGAUGGAAAUGUACAUCUUGUGAAGACUAUGAUUUAUGUCAAAUUUGUAAACCAAAAUCACAUAUUCACCAUCAUCCAGAUGAUCAUGUAUUCGAACUUGUACCACAUUCAAGAACUUCUCAUCGUGCUCCUCAAUUUGCUGUGCAUCAUGGUAUUGUAUGUAAGUGCUGCGACAAAACGAUUCUUGGAAUGAGAUGGAAGUGUACAUUUUGUAAUAAUUAUGAUUUAUGUCAAGAUUGUAAAUCUAAAUCAUCAAAUAUUCAUGAUCAUCCAAAUAAUCAUGCUUUUCAACCUAUCGCAUAUCCAGAAUUUAAAUUUGAUAUUGAAGAGCCAAUUCCCGCUAUUUGUGACUAUUGUGAAACUACCUGCUUUCUUGGAGAAUGUCUUAAAUGUGCCAAUGGGGAAUUUUCUGUAGAAGAAUAUGAAAUAUUUCAAGUUUUAAAAAGAUAAAUUAUAAUCUGAAUUUGUUAUAUAAGCAAAUAUUAGACGAAAUAUUUCGAUGCAAUUUGGAUUAGUUAAUUAUAAGAUGUAUGAAAACUACAAACUAAUAGAGUUGACGUUGUAAUAUAAAUUAAAUAAAAUAAAAAGUUUAUUUAUUUAUUUAUUUACUUUCUAUUUACCAUAUUUACAAAAUUGAUAUUACUUACACAAAUUC